ACCAGCUCAACGCUGCUCCUUCUAGUUGGUCUGGGAUGUAGUGCCUGUGCAGUUUGCUUUGUCCUGGCAUACUUCAUGAAGAGAUAUUGGCCUUUGUUCAGAAAGACAAUGGAUGAUGGGCAACGUGAGGUGGACAUGGACGUCAUUCAACCACUGAAUAGAACUGCAAAUGGAAUCAUUCCAAGAUGUGCGGAUGUAUCUGAACCAUCGACAAACAUUCCUCAAAGAAAUGAGCAGGAAGACACAAGUACAAACCAAAAUGAGACAAACAGUGAAAGACAACAACAUAGCGACGAAGAGGGCUGGCAAGAUGUGGACAUCUAUGAACAGUCAGAGGUACCAUUGCCAUAUGAAAAUAUCAAUAGGGACAGUCAAAACGAUGUCACGUUGUCAGACCUGAGCGUUGCAACCACCACUGAAAGGGACAUGGAGUUUGAAGCAGACCAAAUAGAAUUCCAUGAGGAGCUAGGGCAGGGACAGUUUGGCAAAGUGCACAAGGCUAAAGCACACUUUAACCACGACCACCGAGGGUCGAUGAUUGUUGCCGUAAAAACUGUGAAAGCCCACGCCUCGCCUGAAGUUCGAGAGGACAUGUUGAAGGAACUCAGGAUGAUGAUGAGACUGAUCCACCCAAAUGUCGUCACACUCCUUGGGUAUUGCACAAGAUCAGAUCCAGUCAUGUUGGUGGUUGAAUACGUGCCCAAUGGAGAUCUGUUGUCGUUCUUGAGAAAGGACCGCGCUACACGCAGUGUGACGUACGCAAACCUACACGCGGAGAGCAGGACCCUGCAGAAUUCGGACCUGAUCUCAUUCGCCUGGCAAGUGUCAAAGGGGAUGAGUUACCUAGCAAAGAUGCAGUGCAUCCACAGAGAUCUGGCUGCCAGGAACAUUCUGGUCGGAGAGAACAAGACAUGCAAAGUAUCAGACUUCGGUCUUGCAAGGGAAGGACCAGAAUACAAAAAAGUGACAGAUUCACCCUUGCCUCUGCGCUGGAUGGCUCCGGAAACACUUUCUCGAAGAAGGCUAUACACCACUAAGAGUGACGUGUGGUCCUUUGGCGUGCUGCUUUACGAAAUCGUCACAUUAGGCUCCCUGCCCUAUUGGACAAUGUCAGCCCAGCAGGCAGCGGAGGAGGUGCAAAGGGGACUCAUCUUAGAAAAGCCAAUUCACUGCACUGAUGACUUGUAA